AUGACGUCUAUCGGCUCCGGCUCGGUUUUGGGCGCCGGGAGCGCCAGGACGGGCGCCGGGGGAGGCGAGGGCGGAGGGCAGGGCUCGAUGACGACGGGGGGUUCCAUCGGGGCCGGGGGCGGGGGAGGUGGUGGGCUGGGAGGGAUGAUGCGCGUUAUGCUCGUGUUUACCGUAGUGAUGUCCGGUUCUGGAUGCUGGAGGUACACGCGCUUCUUGGCACCGGGACGGGCCCAUUCUUCGUGA